GAAGCCCUUCAUACUGAGCUCUGCAGGCAGCCUACACCGAUAGCCCACCAUGUCAGUCCUCGUCCUCAUCACCCUCCUCUCCUUGAUAAUGGAAAAUUCAGAAUAAUUUACUAUAAAGGGAAGUAAAAGACCUGUGAACGUCUUCAUAUCGAGCUGAACGCUGCUUGGAGCUCAGACGAGAGCCGCCAUGUCAGUCCUCGUCCUCAUCCUCCUCAUCUCCUUGAUAAUGGAAAAUUCAGGAUCCUCACCCCGGUACCUGGUCACCUCCUCUCCUAACUGGAACCACAUAUACACGGGUGACCCCGUGACCUUAACAUGUGACACCGGACCAGAGAAAAACAGCAACAAGGACAACUUUAUUUGGUUUAAAGAUAAUAAAGAGAUGAAUCAACAAAAACAAAAAUUUUACCUUAGCGAGGCCAAAUCUUCUGACUCGGGGGUCUAUGAAUGUUGGACGGGAUCCGGUGACCGCAGUCACCCCCUCACUAUAUAUGUUAUACAGAAAGAUGUAAAGAAUAGACCAACUGUGACCUUCAAUCCAAACUAUAGAAAUAUAUUCGCUGGGGAAAAGAUGACAAUUUCUUGUGAGGACGGAUCUUAUGCAACACGAAACCAAAGAUAUGUUUGGUAUAAAAACAAUAAAAUUCUCGAUAAUGAUCAAAAAUUCAUCACAAUUAUUAAGGCGAAUAGUAAUGACAGUGGAGAAUAUAGAUGUGGGAGAGGAAGAAGAGACAGUUACCCCCUCAGACUCCAUGUUCACCCCAUAUAUGAUGAAGUCAUCCUGCAGACUCCCCCCAAUAUUCUGGAAGGUGACCCCCUGGAUGUGAGAUGUCACAGCUAUCCGCACUACAGUAAUAAGGAGGAGGAUGGAACAUUCUAUAAGGACGGAGACAUUAUCCAGAAAUCCAACCAGAUUCUACAUCUAGAAAAUGUGACUAAAUCCACGACCGGGAUUUACAGAUGUGAAAAAAUUGUUCAAACCCAAAAUUCCAAAUUAGAGGAAACAUUUAUGUUUGUCCAAGAUCUCUUCACAAGGCCAGAAAUAAAAGCACACUCCGACAUAAAGGAAGGAGAAGUCCUGACCCUGAGGUGUGACACAAGAUGUAACCCUCUCAGAGAGGACACUGAGCUGACGUUCACCUUCUACAGGAAUGGAGAGACAGUGCAGGAACUCAGAUCACAUGACACAUAUACAGUCCAGACCGCUCAGGGGAAGGAUAGCGGGAAAUACACCUGCACGGUGCGGACUCUAUCAGAUACGGUGAUGAAGAGGAGCGACGAGUUAUUUAUCCGAAUAAUAGAUCCAGUGACAGGCAUUACCCUUGGACCAGAUAAAGAUAAUAGUAUCCAAUGGAUAAUAAUCGGGGUUCCGGCGCUGGUCUUUAUCCUUGUUGUUGUCCUUCUUGUAAUGUGCAGGAAGAAAAUGUCCGCCCGAUGUUGUCACAAGAAGCCGCCAUCUACAGGGAUGGACAUGGGGCAGAAUGACCAAGACAUGGACAAGGAAUAUGCUGCGUCCGAUUCUGAAGGAAUAUAUGUGAAUGUUUCAUCAAGAGAUGAGCUCCCGCACGAUAUCCAACGACUGCAAGAAAAGAAGAAGUGGCGGUGGUGUACUCUACGAUUGGUGAUGUCAUUUCAGAGACCAGAAGAACCUCCUGGAAAUAAGACUCCACCGAUAUCUACCCAAUUUACCAUCAAUAAUCGUCAUCACUAAAAUCUGAGACCUUAUGGAAUUGUGAAGAAAAGUAAAUAUCCAAAACAUCUUCUUAAUACUGAGCUCAUACGUGCCGCCAUUACCUGCGUCAUUGUAUAUGUCUAUACAGAUAGAAGUGUGGUGUCUCGGUACUGGACAUGGUCCUGUACCUUUAGUCGUAAGUCCCCAUAGUCAGAGUUCCUCCGUGCUGUUAGAAAACCCUCAGUCACCUAAUAAAAAUGUAAUGUAUUGUAUAUAUUUAAUAUAUUUCAUAAUAUAAAGGUUACUUACAGGACCUUAGGUCAUGUGAUCUAUAGUAAAUGUGCUAUGCUAAAGUUAAGGACCUUUCAGGUCAUGUGAUUGAGUCAUGUGAUGUACCACAAUCCUUUCUGAUAGGACUGACAGGUUUGGGUAACCAAUAAGCUUUGAGCCUGCCCCUUCAGAUAUAAGGGCGCUGUGUCCAAUCAUCGCUCUCUCCCCGGGAUAUGACAGCGAGCGGAGCUCUGCGCAAAUCUACAAGACUAAUUAGGCCUGAGGCCGAUCUCUUCAACUCCUUGAUAACCGUGAGUCUACAUAACUCCAAUUCAGCUAAUUCUACGUGACUACUGAACCUAAAUCAAACCCCUACAUUCAGUGGAACAGUGUAAAACAAGCCUCAAAGCUUAUUCCCUACAAGGUCCCAACCAACCUGUGAGGAGCCUAAAGUCCGGUCCUCUGUAUAGACUGUUUGCUGAUUGCAUCCUGCAUAAAAUCUGCAGUAAA